UAGGUCAAGAACAUCCAAAACCUUCUGCUACAACCUCAUACACCACUGUUAAUCAGUUUCGCCCUAAACCUAAUUGAUUUUUGAUUUUUGAUUUUCAGCGUUGAAGCUCAACAAUGGCAGCUCCCUACGAGUACGAAGAAGGAGGUUACCCACAAGAAACAGAUGCAGUCGGGUACGACCCGAAUUUCGUGCCAGAUUCCGUAAAAUCGUUCGUGGUUCAUCUGUAUAGGCACAUAAGAGAGAAGAAUGUUUACGAGAUUCACCAGAUGUAUGAGACCUCUUUUCAGACAUUGAGUGAGCGUAUGUUUAAGGAAACUCCUUGGCCUUCUGUUGAUGCCGUUGCGCCUUACGUUGAUAAUGACCAUGUCUUCUGCUUGCUUUACCGUGAGAUGUGGUUCCGUCACUUGUAUGCUAGACUUUCUCCUACUCUUAGACAGCGGAUUGAUUCGUGGGAUAAUUAUUGCAGCCUUUUCCAGGUGGUGCUGCAUGGUGUGGUUAACAUGCAAUUGCCAAACCAGUGGUUGUGGGACAUGGUAGAUGAGUUUGUAUACCAAUUCCAGGCAUUCUGUCAAUACCGUGCAAAGAUGAAGAGCAAAACUGCAGAGGAGAUCGCAUUGCUUAGGCAGUACGACCAGGCUUGGAAUGUCUACGGUGUUCUCAAUUUCUUACAAGCCCUUGUGGAGAAAUCUACAAUAAUCCAAAUCUUGGAGAGGGAAAAGGAAGGUCUUGAAGAGUUUACUGCUACUGAUGGGUAUGAUUACAGUGGUGGAAGUAAUGUCUUGAAGGUUUUGGGCUAUUUCAGCAUGAUAGGCUUGCUCAGAGUUCAUUGUCUGUUGGGUGAUUAUCAUACUGGCCUGAAGUGUUUACGUCCAAUUGACAUAACUCAACAGGGAGUUUACACCAGUGUUAUUGGGAGCCACAUAACCACAAUAUAUCACUAUGGUUUUGCUAAUCUUAUGUUGAGGAGGUAUGUAGAGGCUAUCCAUGAGUUUAACAAAAUCCUUCUAUAUAUUUAUAAGACAAAGCAGUAUCACCAGAAGUCACCCCAGUAUGAGCAGAUACUGAAGAAAAAUGAGCAGAUGUAUGCCCUGUUGGCUAUAGCUUUGUCAUUGUGCCCUCAAGUGAAACUUGUUGAAGAAACUGUGAAUUCUCAAUUAAGGGAGAAGUAUGGUGAGAAGAUGGCGAGGAUGCUGAGAUAUGAUGAGGAGGCAUCUGCACUCUAUGACGAGCUCUUCUCAUAUGCAUGUCCUAAGUUCAUUACUCCUUCUGCUCCAAGUUUUGAGGAGCCUCUCGUAAAUUACAACCAGGAUGCCUAUAGGCUACAAUUGAAGAUGUUUCUAUAUGAAGUGAAGCAGCAACAAUUAUUGGCUGGUGUUAGGUCCUAUUUGAAAGUGUAUUCAACAAUCUCCCUGGGGAAGCUUGCAAAUUACAUGGAUUUGGAUGAACCCAAUUUAAGGGCGGUUUUGAUGACAUACAAGCACAAAACACAUGCUGUCGAUUCUGAUGGCAAGAUAAUUUCCAAUGCCGAUGUGGACUUCUACAUUGAUGAAGAUAUGGUCCGUGUAGUAGAAUCUAAGUCCGCGAAGAAGUAUGGUGAUUACUUUUUGCGUCAGAUUGUGAAGCUUGAAGGGAUCAUGACUGAUAUUGACAGGAUAAAGCUGGAGUAAGCCACCUUCCUAUGUUAUAGUAUCAGUAGCAUUUAACUUGCUUUGAGCUUUCAUUUUUGUACUGAGGAAAAUGCAGAAAGUUGAAUGAGAGUAUGUAUUUUGAUUUUUUCGGUUUUGAGAACCGGCGUUUACCAAGCUUUUGUUGAUUAGUGACUAGAAACAAUUUUUUCUCUCGCUUUGUAAUCUAUUAAUACAAUACAAAGUUGCCUUUUGUUAAGAAGUUCAAAACUAGAGCUCUGGGCUAAAA